GGCUGCAGGAGAGGGGGAGGUGGGCGAGGAGGGCGCCAUGCACCCCGAGGCCCGCGCGGGCGGCGGGAGGGACACGGGGGCGACUCGGGACGCCGCUGGCGGCGGACCCCUCCCCAGCCCGACAGGUGAGCGCGGGCGGGCCUCGGGGCGGAGCUCGCCGGCUCCAACGACCACCCUCCGCGCCACCGCCGCCGCCGCCGCCAAAGCACAGAUUCUAUCUGGGUGCUGGCACUCAGCCACUCCUCUGCCAAUGAAGUACAUCUUGGUCACUGGUGGGGUCAUCUCGGGCAUCGGUAAAGGGAUCAUAGCAAGCAGCAUUGGGACGAUUCUAAAAUCAUGUGGACUCCGAGUUACUGCCAUCAAAAUCGACCCCUAUAUAAACAUCGAUGCGGGCACUUUUUCACCUUAUGAGCACGGUGAAGUGUUUGUCUUAAACGAUGGUGGAGAAGUUGAUUUAGACCUUGGAAAUUAUGAAAGGUUCUUGGACAUUAAUCUUUAUAAAGACAACAACAUCACCACUGGGAAGAUAUAUCAACAUGUGAUCAAUAAAGAGAGGCGUGGCGAUUACCUGGGGAAAACAGUACAAGUUGUCCCUCACAUUACUGAUGCUGUCCAGGAGUGGGUUAUGAAUCAAGCCAUGGUGCCUGUGGAUGGUCAUAAGGAAGAGCCCCAAAUAUGUGUUAUUGAGCUGGGUGGCACCAUUGGAGACAUUGAAGGAAUGCCAUUUGUGGAAGCGUUCAGACAAUUCCAGUUUAAAGCAAAAAGAGAGAAUUUCUGUAAUAUCCAUGUUAGCCUUGUCCCACAGCCCAGUGCUACUGGAGAACAGAAAACCAAACCCACACAAAACAGUGUCCGUGCGUUGAGGGGGUUAGGCCUGUCUCCCGAUCUGAUUGUCUGCCGAAGUUCAACGCCCAUCGAAAUGGCUGUGAAGGAAAAGAUUUCUAUGUUUUGUCACGUGAACCCUGAACAGGUUAUAUGUAUCCACGAUGUUUCUUCCACCUACCGAGUACCUGUGCUUUUGGAGGAACAAGGCAUCGUUAAAUAUUUCAAAGAGAGAUUGGAUCUGCCUAUUGGGGAUUCUGCAAGCAAUUUGCUUUUCAAGUGGAAAAAUAUGGCUGACAGGUAUGAAAGGUUACAGAAAACGUGUUCCAUAGCCCUGGUUGGCAAAUACACCAAGCUCAGGGACUGCUAUGCCUCCGUGUUCAAAGCCCUGGAACACUCAGCGUUGGCCAUCAACCACAAGUUGAAUCUGAUGUACAUAGACUCCAUUGAUCUGGAGCAGACUACCGAAACUGAGGACCCUGUGAAAUUCCACGAAGCUUGGCAGAAACUCUGCAAAGCUGAUGGUGUUCUUGUGCCAGGGGGCUUCGGAAUCAGAGGAACGUUGGGAAAACUCCAGGCGAUUUCUUGGGCACGGUCAAGGAAGAUUCCUUUUCUGGGAGUUUGCCUUGGGAUGCAACUGGCAGUGAUAGAAUUUGCGAGAAACUGCCUUAACUUGAAAGAUGCUGAUUCCACAGAAUUUGAGCCAAAUGCCCAUGUUCCUGUGGCGUCAGUAAGCGGCAGCUUGCAGCAAGCAGCAGCGAGCAGUAGCUGGAAGCAAGAUCUUAGUUCCCGGACUGGGAGUCCUAACCACUGGACCACAGGGGCCAGCAGCUAGGGCCUGGGUCCCUAGUUCUUGCCUGCCUUGUCAAGAAAGAAUUCAGCUGCCGUGUGGGGGAGAUCCACUUUACAGAUGAGGAAACUGAGGCUUUGAGACACCCGCUGACUUGCUCAGCGCCCCCAGCUGGUAAGUAGAGGGCUUGGGGUUCAAACACUGACUCCAGAGCUCAACCCCUUAAUUAGCAACCACCCUAGUUUUUUCCCAAACCCCGGGUUGCAGCCCACUGCUAUGCUAUGCAGGAUGACUUUGGCUCAGUGGUUCUCACACUUUGGCAUGCGUCAGAAUCACCAGGUGGGCUUGCUGACCUUAGUAAACCCAAACUGAUGGGUGGUCCUACUCCCAGAGCUUCCGAUUCACUAGGCUUGGGGUGGGACCUGAGAAUCUGUAUUUCCAACAGUUUCCUGGGCGGUGUGGAUGCUGCUGGUCCAGGACUGACUACUCAGAGAACCACUGCUUGUUACAUCAGGUCAUGUUCAGCUCAACUCCCUUUUGACUACUGGUAUUCCUGUAGUGAAUUAAGCAGAAUUAAUUUUUGUCUCUGCUGUAGGGGUGGAAAAUUUUCCCUUCAUCCCUUCUGGGUUCUUUGGCUGGUCUAUUAAUUAAAGUGACAUAGACAGAUCAACAGGAGAAAAACAAGUUUAAUUACAUACGUACAGGGUACCCCAUAAAAGUAUGAUACCCAAAGGGCAGCCAGGUAACUGAGGCUUAUAUAACAUCCUGGGCUAAGGCUACAAAAGGAAGGAAGGCCAUUCAGAUGUAGGCAGAGAUGUAGGCAGAGAUGUUUGGAAAACAAAAGUUUGGCCUGUUAUACAGAUAAAUUUCUUAGGACAAAAGGAAUCUCUAGCAAGACCUCUCUUCCUGGUAAAAGAAGAGCUCUCUUCUUUGCAGUAUAAAUUUAGGCAGCUGAGUGGGAGGUAAAGAGCUUUCCCUGAAUCUUUGGGUUUUGAUUUUUUUUAGUAAUCUUCAUGCUAAAGUGGCAUAUUUCAGGGAGACUUGUUCUGAGCCACAUCUCUGACUUUCAGGUUAGGAGUCUCUGUGGCAAAAUAGUACCCAGGAAACCUAUUGAAAUAACAGUUUAGUUUAUAAGUCAGCUUCAAACGUUUUUUUUAAAUUGUGGUAAAAAACGCAUAAGAUAACAUUCCCCAUCUUAACUAUUUUUAAGUAUACGGUUCAGUAAUGUUAAGUAUGUUCACACUGUUGUGCAACAAAUCUCUAUAUCAAGGUAUGCUUUAAUCCCUGAGAUUCCUGUGAAGACACUUGGCACUUAGCUAUGCUCACAAGACCAAACUGUGUUAGUUAUUUAGCAUCUGUUUUAUAAAUACCAAGGACUGUUUUCCUGAAGCAUUUGCUACAUUCUAAACCGUACAAGGUGAUGUGAUGUAAACAGAGUAUAGCUUAGAAAACCUUAGAAAUCCAUAUGGAAAUAUAAUCAGUACAUGACUUGAUAAGUAGAUUUUUCACAACUUACCAUUAGUCUUCCUACCUUUAUCCAAAUUAGAAAAGUCAUAUGUGCUUUUUUUUUUUUUUUUUUUUUUUUGCCGUACGU